AAGUUUGUUUACAAACAUGGCGUCCAACAAUAAAGAAAAUACAAAAUCUCUUAAGAGUUUUGUCUGUUCAUUGUGUGAUAUCAGCUUUGAUUAUCAUUAUAAAGGCCGAAAACCUCCUUUCGCUAAGUGCAUUUUACUACUAGAAGAUUGCUUUGUACUAAAAGAUCCAUUUUCAACCUCUGGUGGGUUUAUAAAUGUUGGAGGAAUGUGUUCAUUGUGUGGGAAAAAUGUAUGCUUGUCAAAUGAAUGCAGUUUAUUUUAUGUUCAAAGAUUUUGUUUGAAUUGUGCACAUAUUAAUUUGCAAGAAUUUCCUAUGGAACUUCAACGGGAAAUAACUGAAAAGAUGAAAGCGAAGGACAAUGGCUAAUCAGCUUGUUAAACUCAAACAAUGAAUCAGGGAGUCUGAUACAAAACUCGUAUGGUAGCAUCAACCAUUGAUAAAUCAAUUUUCACAUUACCCUGUGUGACAUUACCAACUUGACCAGUCUUUCAUAAAAUGAGUUGCCAGUUGCACUAGUUUACUGAUGAAGCAUACUUUAGAGGAAUUAUGCUUAAUGAAUGUAAAAUUUUGAACAGCAAUAUGCAAAAUAUGUUGGAAACUCUUCAUUCCACACAUACAUAAUUGAAUAAACAAAUGUGCUGAAAGAA